AUGUCGUCUCUUAACGAGUGCUGCAAUGGUGAUUGGGGCAACAUGGAAGAGAGACUGGUGAAGAUUGAACAAGCACAGGUUUUGCAAAUUCUGAAAAGAUCCCUCGUUUCCGACACUCCGCUAAGUGAUGUUUUAUUGCGCAAUGGAGAAGAUAUCUCCCCCAAAUUUUCAGUUCCUCUUCCUGUAGAAAAAACAGUUGCAAUCAAGGCGUCUGACAAGGAGAAGAAGAUCUUCAGAAUCAAGCUGGCCCUUAUGGGGAACAAGGUGCUGUAUGCUGAAGCCGCCCAGGACUUUGUUGAUGUGAUUUUCAGUUUCCUCACAUUCCCGUUGGGUGCUUUGAAGAAGCACUUGGGCAGUCGAUUCCGGAUUGCUUGCCUCAAUGACUUGUACGGCAGUGCUGAGCGUUUGGCUUCCUCAGGUUACGUGGUUUCAGGCUGCGAAGAGAGACUGCUUAAUCCCAAGCUCGCCCCGUCUUUCAACUGCAAGCAUCAAGUCAUUGGAGUGGAAGAGCGAAAGCAGGAUGUCUACUAUGCGUGCCCCCUCCGCUGCAAACUAAGCGCAGGCGAUGGGAGCUACUGCAAGAAAUUGAUGUACCUGGCCAGCGACGAGCUCGUAGUCGCCCCGCUGUCCCUCACGGCAGUCGUCUCAGUUCGUAAGGAAAUCUCUGGAACUGUCAAGAUGGCAGAGUUGGGCAUAGCUGAAGAGGAGGUUCUUGAUUUGCUUAAUGCUGCUUUGUCGUCCAAGACAGCGCUAACGGAUGCCUUCUUAGCUAGAGUUGGUUGCGUGCCCAGUUCGGUUGAGAGGAAGGGUGAAUCGUCCAUCGGAUGGAAAAGAAAGAGAGGGCGGAUGAAUAGAGUGGAAGAAAGUUGA